CAAACCCAAAGGGGCACAGAACCCGUCCUUGACGCAACAGGUGUGUUGGAGGAGGGAAGCGUGGACAACGAGCCUGCUCGGGCUCUUGGGGCCCAAGGUGCAUGUGCUUGCAGUGACACGCUGUCACGCCGGAGGUCGCCCUUUCCUCCCUUUCACCUGCGCUAUGCUGUCGACGCCGGCCCGAAAGCCACAUCGCGGAGGGACGGACGGACAACAACAAGAGUCAGACGACGACACGCCGGAGCGGAAGAUGGAGCGUACCGAGGGGACAUGCGACGCCCUGUGAAGGAGGACGAGGACGAGGACGGACGACGAAAAAAAAAACAUCACAACCCCCGGCUCUCGAACCCUUUUCGUCGGCGAGCCGGCAUGCCGCGGCGGGGAGAAGACGACCGGGGAUUGACCGCCGCCGGCCGGCCGAGCCUCAGGCGCCUGCGAUGACUGGCCUCCCGUUUUUCCUGCCGCGCUGACCGUGGGUCCGGGUGCCGCCGCCGCCAUGCUGAUCAAGGAGUACCGCAUCCCCAUGCCCAUGAGCGUGGACGAGUACCGCAUCGCUCAGCUCUACAUGAUACAGAAAAAGAGCCGCGAGGAGAGCUGCGGCGAGGGCAGCGGCGUGGAGAUCCUGGAGAACAAACCGUACCGGGACGGUCCCGGAGGCUCGGGCCAGUACACCCGCAAGGUGUACCACAUCGGCAAGCACAUCCCGUCCUGGUUUUGCUCCAUCCUGCCCCAGGCCGCCCUGCGCGUGGAGGAGGAGUCCUGGAACGCCUACCCUUACACGCGCACCAGGUACACGUGUCCCUUCGUGGAGAAGUUCUCCAUUGACAUCGAGACUUACUACAUGCCCGACACCGGCGACCAAGCCGACGUCUUCGGUCUGUCUUCGGCCGAGAAGAGACAAAGGACAGUGGACCCCAUCGACAUCGUCAAGGACUACAUCGCUCCCCACGAGUACCUGGCAGAAGAAGACCCCCGACUGUACCGCUCGCUCAAGACCGGGCGAGGCCCGCUCUCCGAAGACUGGAUCCAGGAGAUCGAGCAAAGUCCGUCCCGCCGCUCGGUCAUGUGCGCCUACAAACUGUGCAAAGUGGAGUUCCGCUACUGGGGCAUGCAGUCCAAGAUCGAGCGCUUCAUCCACGACGUGGGUCUACGUAAAGUGAUGGUGCGAGCCCACCGCCAGGCGUGGUGCUGGCAGGACGAGUGGUACGGCCUCACCAUGGAGGACAUCCGGCAGCUGGAGCUGGAGACCCAGCUGGCCCUGGCCGAGAAGAUGGCCCAGUACAGCCUCGGCGAGGAGGGAGGCCCCGAGACCAACGGCCGCCCGGACCCUCAGGACCGGGACCGGGAGCCGGGGGUCGCCGCCGAGGCCGAGGCCCAGGCCGGCCGAGACGAAGCGGCCGCGGUGCCGGACACCCGGGGCGAGCUCACCAAGCAGUGGUCCACGUCGUCCAGAUCCUCCAACAGGUCAUCCAAGAGAGGCGGGAGUCCUUCUCACCACAGCCUGAGCGAGUGGAGGAUGCAGAGCAUCGCGCGGGAAUCCGACGAUAGCGCGGAUGACGAGUUCUUUGACGCGCACGACAGCUUCUCUGACGGCGAGGAGGUCUUCCCCAAGGAGAUGGCCAAGUGGGGCUCCAACGACCUGAUGGACAAAAUGGACGGCAUGGAAGCGGACGAGGUUGGAGAGUCGCUCUAUCCCGAAUCGGCGGGCCAAUUUGGCGCCGUGACGCACGAGGAGACCGGCGCCGAGGUGGGUGCUUUCCACGCUCUUCUCACCCCAUGGUGUGACGAUAUUUGUCGGCGCCUCCUCCCGCAGGCGCCUCAGCGGUGUCUUCAGCCGUCCAAAAUCCACGUCCUGAUUCUUGUCCUGCACGGAGGAAAUAUUCUGGACACGGGCUCAGGCGAGCAGAACAGCAAGCAAGGCGACGUCAACACGCUGAGCGCCGCCUUUGAGACGGUGAUGAGGGUUCACUACCCGACGGCGCUGGGCCGCGUCGCCGUCCGCACCGUGCCGUGUCCCGCCGUCUGCGUGGAGGCCUUCUCGCUGGUGUCCAACCUGAGCCCGUACAGCUACGACGAGGGCUGCCUGUCCAGCAGUCAGGAUCACAUCCCGCUGGCGGCGCUGCCUCUCCUCGCCACGUCGGCGCCGCAGUACCAGGACGCCGUGGCCGCCGUCAUCCUCAGAGCCAAUCAGGUCUACGCCGACUUCAUCAGGUCGCUGGAAGGAGCCUCCUUCAACGGGCAGGUGUGUGUGAUCGGAGACUGCGUGGGAAGCAUCCUCGGCUUCGACGCGCUGUGCAGUAGUUCGGUCCUGCUGCUGGAAAGUCCGAACAGCAGCAGGCGGGGCAGCGCCGUCAGCGUGCAGGACACGGAGCUGCUUUCGCCCGGCAUCGUGGUCAACAGCGCCUCGCCGUCGUCGUCGCCGUCCCUGGGGGCCAGUCGACAGCUGAGCCGCAGCAACAUCGACAUCCCUCGCUGCUCGGGGCCCGACGAACUCAAGACGCAGCUGCCGCGCAAACGCAGCGACUCCUCCACCUACGAGAUCGACACCAUCAAGCAUCAUCAGGCCUUCCUGUCCAGCCUGCACUCCAGCGUGAUCCACGCCGAGUCCUGCUCUCGCCGCUCCAGCAGCAGCACCAUGCUGGAGGGGGGGUCGCUGGGCAAGUUUGACUUUGAGGUGACCGACUUCUUCCUCUUCGGAUCUCCUCUGGGCCUGGUGCUGGCCCUGCGCAAGACGGUGGUGCCCUCGUUGGACGUGACGGCUCUGCGUCCGGCCUGCCGGCAGGUCUACAACCUGUUCCACCCGGCGGACCCGUCGGCCUCCCGCCUGGAGCCCCUGCUAGACAAACGCUUCCACCUGCUCCCCCCCUUCUGCGUCCCCCGAUAUCAGCGAUUUCCUCUGGGGGACGGACACUCGGCUCUCCUGGCGGAGACGGUGCGGAGCAACCCUCGGCUCCUGAUGGAGCCGCCGGCGCUCUGUGGCGCUCCGGAGACGGCCGCGAGCGAGACCUGCAUCCACGUGCCCGUCCUCAACCGGACCCCCUGCGUGGACGGCAACGCUCACCCGGCCCCGCCCCCGGCCCCGCCCCCGUCCGCAUCCCCCGGGCUCCCUCACAUCCGCUGCCACCGCCGAGCGAGCGAGGCCAGCCUGGCGAGCCAGGCGUCGGGCCUGGCCGACUCCUACGCCGCCUCCAACGUGGCCAACACCGGCCGGCUGAGAAAACGGCCCAGUCUGCUGUCCCGGCUGCCCGUUACCUCCCGUAAAGUCGCCUCCCGGACGCCGUCGUUGCGCUCGCGCAGGAAAAGCCGGCAGGUGUUCCCGAGAGCCGCCGAGUCCGACGCCGAGUCGGACGCCGGCUCGGACGGCGCCGCUGACCCGGCGGACCUGGGCUCGAACUUGGAGCAAGUUGCGUCCCGCUGGUGGGGCAGCAAGCGGAUGGACUACGCCCUCUACUGCCCCGACGCCUUGACGGCCUUCCCCACCGUGGCCCUGCCGCAUCUCUUCCACGCCUCCUACUGGGAGUCCACCGACGUGGUGUCCUUCCUGCUCCGACAGGUGAUGAGGCACGAGAACUCUGCAAUUCUGGAGCUGAAUGGGAAGGAGGUGUCGGAGUUCACGCCGUCCAAGCCCAGGGAGAAGUGGUUGCGCAAACGCACUCAUGUCAAAAUUCGGAACGUGACGGCCAACCACCGCGCGAGUGACGCCGUGUUCACGGAGGACGGUGCCCAGACGCUGACCGGUCGCUUCAUGUACGGCCCGCUGGACAUGGUGACGCUUACGGGAGAGAAGGUCGACAUUCACAUCAUGACGCAGCCUCCCUCGGGCGAGUGGGUCCACUUCGACACGCAGCUCACCAACGGCGGCGGACGCGUUUCCUACGCGCUCCCCGACAACAAGCGGCUGGGCGUCGGGGUGUAUCCCGCCAAGAUGGUGGUGAGGGGCGACCACACGUUUGCCGACAGCUACCUCACGGUGGUGCCGCGCGGGACCGAGUUUGUGGUGUUCAGCAUCGACGGCUCCUUCGCCGCCAGCGUUUCCAUCAUGGGCAGUGACCCCAAGGUGCGGGCGGGUGCCGUGGAUGUGGUCAGGUACUGGCAGGACCUGGGCUACCUGAUCGUGUACGUGACGGGGCGUCCCGACAUGCAGAAGCAGCGCGUGGUGGCGUGGCUGUCGCAGCACAACUUCCCGCACGGCGUGGUCUCUUUCUGCGACGGCCUGGUUCACGACCCGCUGCGCCACAAGGCCAACUUCCUCAAGUGCCUCGUCGGCGAGGCCCAAAUGCGGAUCUUCGCCGCCUACGGCUCCAGCAAGGACAUUUCGGUGUACGCCAACGUGGGCCUACCGCCGUCGCAUAUCUACAUCGUGGGAAGACCCACGAAGAAGAUGCAGCACCAGUGUCAGUUCAUUCCAGACGGCUACGCCUCGCACCUGUCCCAGCUGGAGUACAACCAGCGUUCCCGUCCCGCCAAGCCGGCCAGCGCCCGCAUGGUCCUGCGAAAGGGCAGCUUCGGCCUGGGCGCCGCCUCGGGAGACUUCCUGCGCAAGCGCAACCACAUCUUCCGCACGAUUUCCUCGCAGCAGCCCGGCGGGGCGCCCUGCGGCUCGCCCAAGCCCCCGGGCCGGACGGAGCGAACGCGGAGCCAGUGCGAGACGGAGCGCGACGACGGCGGCGGCGGCGGGCGCGGCGCAGCGCAGCAUGAGCGUGGCGGCCGGAUGCUGGGCACGCAGUGGAAGCGCCAAGGAGGGAAGCGCCGGCUCGUGCGGCCCCAAAUGAGCUGGAUGGCGCCCCCCCCCUCCCCAUCCUGUGAUCCCCGACAGGGAGUGGACUCGAGGCCACUGUGUAGCGUGACUCUUUUCCACUCACACUUUUCUAGAGGAGACGACAAGGGAGCCUUCAAUCCAUUGAUGUAAACGAGCCUUAAGCUAACCUCAUUCACGACGCAUCCCGACGGCAACCUGCACAAAGGCAGACCUCCCGCUCAACAUAACAGCUCAGGUUCAUUUGUUCGGUGCGCGUCGCCGCGGCAACGCGCUCUUUGUUUCUUUUGGAAAGCAGGUUGAGCAUUUAUUCCUUUCUUUGACAUUCAAUUGGCGCUCCGUUGUUCCUCGGCUGUAUUUUGUCCCUUUGUGGCAUUUAAACUGUCACAAAUUGGAGAAAAAAAAAAGCCAAUGCCGAGGAGCUGAAAAUUACGCGAUUGGAUUGGUUUCAUCGCUUCAAAAAGAGCAUGAGAGGGCACCAAAAAAAAAAAAGAGACUCUGAAAUAAAUGCUCAAAGCGCUUUCCGGACGUGUUGCCGCCGUCCUGUGCCACACACCACUGCCACCAGUGUAUGUUUGUUGAUUUCUACGAGCCCUCCACUUUCCGUUUUCAACAGGUCACGUUCACCGCACCAAUCCCUUUAGUGCUUAGCUUUGCAAUACCUCUCAUCGACCUGCUGGUGGCACUGUGUUCCUCCUAUGUACGGUAACGCUGCUGCUGGGAGUUUCUACUUUUUUGCUCCUUUUCCAAGAUAUUUGCCGCUUGAAUGUUUAACGGGUGUCAUUUUGCAAUCUCUCCACGUGUGUUUUCGUGACAAGCUGGCACCGUGAUCUUUCUUUUUUGUUUGUUUUUUUUACACUUCUCGCCAACAGGGGGCAGCCUACUGAAUGUUUUUGCCGUAAAGGAGCUUUGCCUCCACGAAAGGUGAGAUUUUUUUUUAAACUUUGAAAGACUCCACUUUGCCUUGCUUGAUUCGGAGUGUGUGUGUUUAAGACUACUGCCUUUGCACUUGGAAAUUAAGUUUAUUGAUGAAUCAAGGCAAGGCAAACUGACUGUUCUAGUGAGCAGCAGCAUUCAGACAGGCUGUCUUGGCACCCAGCUUGGAACUUACACCAAUACAGUACUUAUUUUCCCCCCUUUUUUUUGCAACAUCUCCUGUAAAUGGCACAAGAAAGGCUGAAUUUCUCAGCUUUGUAUGUUGGAUUUAGUCAGCACUCCUAACUUUGCACGCGCCAUUUUCUCGGGUUGCAACGUUAAUGCCUCGGCUCGGUUCCAACGAGGAAGCUGGUGUUCCAGGUGGACCCGGUGCUAGCUUGUAACGAAAUCUACUUUUAUUAAAAGGCCUUACAAGGAAAAAAAGGACGCUAUCGCUAACACUCCAGCGCAAAAGCCAAAUGAUACUUUCACACUGUAGUUAACCAACUGCAUAACCUCACUCGAGAAAAAAUGACUUUAACUCUGUAGUGCAUGUCUUAUUUAUGUAUCAAUUUCAAUCAUUUCAGGGGAUGAAGACGAUUCCGUCAAUGUGCCAAAUAGUGGACAGUACAUCUGUAUUGUUAUUUUAGAAGGAAAGGGGCACUAUUGUACAUUGUUACUCCACUUGGAAGAAAUGAUUUAUGCUGCAAACGAAAGGAGGCGUCGUGGUGGUCAAAAGAACUUGAAUGUGUCACGGGAUGUACAUACUGCAAAGAUGCAUGAUGAUGUACGACUGACUUACCUGUUCCAGAUUUGUUUGCCGAUGAGAGAGAAUUACCAUUCCACGACGCCGUCCAUGCAUUUAAGGUGUGGGG